AUGGACCAACCCAUACAACUAAAGCAACAAACAUCACUUAAUCUGCAAUGGUUCGCGCAGAGAUCGAAACCGGAGCUCCUUUCCGGUCUGUUAAAGAGGCUGUCACUCUCUUCGGCGAGAGAAUUCUUCUCGGAGAUAAUUACAUCAGCAAGUCCGUAGAGAGAAACAGCUGCAAAAGCAUCCAAGACGAGCUGGUGGAAGCAAAGGAGAAUCUGAAGAAAGCUGAGGAAGAGAACAAGGCUUUGUCUCAGCUUAUCGAAAGCCUAACACAAGAGCUUGAAACCACUAAAGAAAAGCUUAAUCACUCACUUAGAAAAUUCCCGGAACACCCUCAAGUCGAAGAUGACCUCAAAUUCAUAGAGGAGUCCACGGUUAACGAACCGGACAACAUAACCGAGAUCAAGAUGAACCGGUUUGAUGGAAAUGAAGUGUAUGGUGAUCGUCUAGAGAGGAGGCGUUCGGUGAAGUUUGCUAACCCACCAUUGUUAACAAAGGUGAUUGUGGGCAAAGAGGAGAAGAACCAAGUUAUGGUGAAGAAGCAGACGAAGAAGAUGAAGCCAUUGGUUCCAUUGGCUGCUUGGCUCUUCGCAAGAAACCGGUCUAGUUAAACCACUUUAGAGAUCACCAUCUCGUGUUUAGUACUCAUGCGUGCCUUGCGAGUUAAUUAAGAAAUAAUAUCCAUGAGUUAAUUGUUUUUAAUUUGGGAAUUCAUUCAAUUAAGAUUUUGUUACAUAUUAAUAAACAAUUGUGUACUUA